GAUACGCUGAAACAGGGACCACACGAAAUCAGUGAACUGGGGAAAGUGCACUAUGUCUGUGCCUCUCCUAUGUACCUAUGUGUCAUAAUAGGUGCUGGUAAAUUCCAGGCAAGUCAAUUAUUGUACAAAUUGUGGCCCAGCUCUUACAGGCAGUGUCACCCCACCUGCCAUGCUGAGCUGUUUGUACUCCUCAGAUUCAUCGUGUUCUAGAUCUGUGCUUUGCUAUCUGCAGUACAGAUUACAUCUGCUUAUCAGUAUUUUUCAGCUACUAUUAGCAAGGAUUCCUCCCUGCCUCUUUACAAGUGACACUGUUUUCUGUUUGUCUCAGUGAAAUCUAACUAUAUACUAAACACGUUUUUGUGGAUUUUUUUUUUUAAUGGAAAGAUACUAAACAAUCUCCUGGCUUUAAGAUAAUUGAAAAACUGUGUGGAAGCUAGAAAUAUCAGCUAUUAAACAUCCUUUUGUCGACACUAUGCCUAUAAGGGAUAUUAUGAAAUGAAUUUUCUUGGAAUAUACAAGUGUUUAGGAGGUGGGGUUUUUUGUUUUGUGUUUUUGUUGAUAUGUUUGUAGUAUUAAAGAUUUGCAGACACAAGGAGCUACAUAAGCACAGUGUUAGGUCUCCAAAGGCAUGGUGUAUUGGAUGGCUGUGGACACAUUAAUAUACAUUGUGCAGAAGCACCCAAACUGGAAAUGGAAGGUAAAAACUUUUUUUUUCUUUUUCUUUUUUUUUUUUUUUUUUUGUGGUAAAGAUGUAUUUCUAUAAAUAUGUACCUUCAUCACUCCCAACCUAUGUCUGGAGAAUCUUCAACACCUAAAAUAUCGGUACUAAGUUCUGAUUCGGAGUCAGGUGCUCUGACAGAUAGGUAUCGGAUGUCCAAAGUCCAGUAUUAGAUGGGGUUAUUUCUUGUCCUUUAAUCCUGCAUAUUGUACCUGCAAUGCAUGAGGAAUACCACAGCAGUGCUGCAGUUGGCAGAAUUCAUUAAGGCUUUUGCAUGCAGUACCUUACGACUUCAAUUUUUUCAUUGUGAUAAUUCUCUUGACAUAUUUUAGGGGCUAAACCACUAAAGAAUCAGCAAGUAGCUCUGCUGGGAGUAAUUUCCUUCUAAUGGGGAACAAUAAAAAGACGGGGAACUGACUACUUUGUCUUGCAAUCCUGAACUGUUUCUAAAUGGAAGAGACACCUUUGCUGUAUAAUAUGAAAAAAAAAAAGUGACAUAUACAUUAAAAAAGGAGAAAGCCUUGAAAGUCAUGCACAUAAAUUAAAAAAAAAAAAAAAGCCAGCUGUAAUAAAGCAUUAUGAGAUUAAUGAGCUUGUUUACUAAAUGUGAAUCCAGAGUAAAGAGAGAAGAUUCUAGAAUACCAGAUUGGGUUUUGGAAUAUCUUUCUCUAAAAACUUAGCAUGUACAGUGUAUGAUCAAUUCAUAAUGGCAACUGCAGCAGUCAGGCUAUUGAGCUGGAGUGGCGUAGAGAUAAUCAGUAGGAAAUUUUAAAGCGUAUGUGGUAAUAAUCCUGAUUCUGUUGAGAUCUGGUUACAGGAAAACACUAACUAUAAUGCCGAUCAGUGAUAGACUAAAGGAGAAGCACAGGUUUUCGAUUCAGGCAUUCCUAACUAUUCUACACUUCAUAACAUUAAAAAGAGACCUUGCAGAUGUAGUUCAAACCCAGAAGACACUCCAGCAGAUACCUUAUCACUUAUGUUACAAAGCUGGAAUUAGAGGGGAUCUUAUUCUUUUCAAAUUUCGGCUCACCAGAGAAGAGUUAGAGUGCAGAGUGCGAGCAGAAAGUUUGGUGCACCAGCACCUUAAAAUGCAUUACUUGCUCUGAAAGUACAUACCUUACACUGGCUCCUCCCUAUCUACCUGAUUUGCUGCUCAGCCUGAAAAUAAAUUCUGUGGGACACAGAGCAAAUUUGGUUGACUUGAGUCAGAGUCAUAUGACCUAGGUGAGGAGCAUGUAGCAUUUCAUUAAUUUCUCACAGUGUAUACAGCUUUAUUUUUCAGAUAUUAAUGCAGCAUCAUGGCUUGCCAUGACCAACAAUCAGAUGACCUUGUCUUUUUUGUGAAUGGCAAGAAGGUAAUUGAGAGGCAGGCAGAUCCUGGAGAAUUACUCCUGUAUUAUCUAAGAAAGAAACUCCGUCUCUCAGGAACAAAAUAUGGCUGUGGAGUAGGAGGCUGUGGUGCAUGCACUGUAAUGUUAUCUACAUAUGACCCAGUUGCCAAGAAGAUACGACACCAUCCUGCCAACUCCUGUCUGCUCCCCAUAUGCUCACUGCAUGGUGCUGCUGUUACUACCGUGGAAGGGGUUGGAAGCAUAAAAAACAGGAUUAAUCCAAUUCAGGAAAUGGAAUACGGAGCAUGGAAGUUUUCCCUAACGUACUGCCAUGCAGGGAUUAUAUCACAAUCUCCACAGCACAGACCUGUCCAUUCCUGUUUCGUGGCAUGGCAAUUUUCAGAAGGGAUUGGGAAGAACAAAGAGCACUGCUCAGUUUCAAUUAUUACACCAGCAUGGCAUCUAGCCAGCUCAUUGAGGACAACAUGCUGCUUAUGUUGUGGAGAGGCUUGCCAAAUGCCAUGGCUCCCAGUGUGGCUUCUGCACUCCUGGAAUGGUGAUGUCCAUAUAUGCUUUACUGAGAAACCAUGUGAAACCUUCCAUGGAACAGAUAAUUUCUGCACUGGAUGGUAAUUUAUGCCGUUGCACAGGAUACAGGCCAACUAUAGACAGCUAUGCGCCUUUUGCUAGGGAGCAAACAUGUUGCCAGCUGAGAGGAACUGGACAAUGUUGCUUGGAUCAGGAAGAACUUGGGUGCUCAUCUUCUGGAGUUCGGGUAAGAUACAUUGAAUGUUUGUUGGUUUUUUUUCAUUCUCUCCUAUCUGCAUUACAAAAUUUGUAGAAAAUGGGCCAUCUUUUCUGUCCUUGGGUAUUCAGCCCAGACUGAAUUUCAUGCUUUGGGUACUGGAGAAAAGUAGCACAAACAUAUCUGCAUUUCUGUAUAGUCAGGAUGAAGAUUACAGUGCAGAGAGGCAUGACUUAUUUAGUGACUUUUUUCAGUGAGAGUGUGGACCUCACUUUUACACAUUUAAGUCUACUGCGUUCUGUGAAGAAGAAAACUUUUGAAGAGAAACACUCUUCUUAAAAAAGCUGGUUUUAACAUGAAGUUGAAUUUCUUUAACAGAAGUUCUGCAACCAUCAGCAUGGCUUGUUUCUGCGUUCUUGACACGCCAACUCUGAGGAAACAAAGCUGUCCCUGUGCAAUAUUAGUUUGUGCUUCUAAAGAUUUUCAUAAA